AUGGAUUCGGCUAAUUUGACCAAACAGGCUGAGGAAGUUGAAGCACUGAGCUCGAUUUAUGGCGACGAUUGGACAAUAGAAAGUGAAAAAAUUAAAACAUACCGUAUCCGAAUUAUAGAGAACAAAAAGGAAGCAAUGUUGCAUGUGACAAUGCCACCCGAGUAUCCCACUUUGUCGCCACCUAAAUAUGAAUUAUCGGCACCGUGGAUGGAUAGAAGGGCGAAAGCGAAUCUUCGAAAGUUACUGGACGACGUAUACUUAGAAAAUAUUGGUGAGGUAGUAAUAUACCAAUUGGUGGAAAAAGUAAGAGAUUUCGUGCGCAAAGUGAAGUCUGCUGAGACCCGAAAAAAGACCGUUACACCGGUUAUUAAAUCUUUAGAUAAGACAAAGUUAAAAAUAAACUGUCCAGAAAUAACUCACGGCGAGGUAAUAGUAGACAGGAAAAGCUCAUUCCAAGGUCACGCUGCUGAGGUCCACAGUGUAGAAGACGUCAAUGCGGUAAUUACGAAAUUAAAAGAAAAUAAAAAAAUCUUAAAUGCAACACACAACAUGUAUACAUACCGUAUUGAAAGAAAAACAGCGAAAGGUACCACUAUAUUGCAAGACUGUGACAAUGACGGCGAAGCUCAUGCUGGCGGCCGGCUUCUGCAUUUAUUGCAAGUUUUAGACCAGAAGAACACAUUAGUUGUGGUUUCAAGAUGGUAUGGAGGGAUCCAGCUCGGUCCACAUAGAUUCCGACACAUAAACAACGCCGCCAGACAGGCCAUUCAACAAGCUGGCUUAUUGCAGAAAUAACAUUGCGCUACGUCAUUAUUUUUAUUUAUUUAAAGUGUAAACAAAACAGUGAAACUAUGUACAUAUGACGGACUUAACACUGAACAGUGUUCUCUACCAGUCAACCAUUGGACAAACCGAGAAAUAAAUAGAAGCGCAAUUUAUGUUUUGCUUAGGAUAUUAGGACUGUUGUCAAGACUAGAAAGGGAUAGUAAGUGAGACCAUGACAAACGAAUAUGUUUUUGGUCCACUAUUUACGGAUAUGUACUAUUUUCACUGUAAUCGAAAUUAAGUAAUUAAGUAAUCGAAUGUGAUAAUGGGUUGUCCAUAUAGUAUAAAUAAGUUUAAAUAGGUGCAAUGAUAAUUAAUCAGGAUUAAAUUGUGAUCAGUAAUAAAAACAAAAAUAUUCUUAAUAUUGUCCUUAAUGUCCUCUACUUAUUUUUUUUUUUAGUUAUUGCAAACUAUGUUUGAUAAU